AUGGGAGCACGCCCCGCUCAGCCUGUUCCGCUUGCUCUUGCUCCACCGACUACCGACACUGCAGCGACCUUUCAACAGCAAAGUGCGGCGCUCGGCAGAGUUGGCGGCGUCGGCAAGGUGCGAGGAGUCGAGGACGGAGUAGCAUUAGCGCAGAAGUUGGGUCUGAAAGGAUUUUCAUCGAUGGGCCGGGCGGUGCUUGCAUAA